AUGGCAGCUGCCACCUCUGUUACCUCUUCUGAGGAGGUGGCAUUGGUGGUUUUGGGGAAUGACUUGCCAAGAGACAAGGUGAACCAAAGCUACCCUCAAGAGCAGAGUUCUGGGGAUCCUGAGGCUACCCUACGAUGGAGUGAUGCCUGUCGCAGCUCCGCUUGUGAGACUGCAGUGCUUGUACCCAAGAGUGACAUGAGGCCCAGUCCUGAGGGGAGCAGAGAAGAUGCCAAAGAAGGGCCUGUUGUGGGUGAAGAAGCCUUCUCCAAAUCUCCCACCACCAGGGAGGAGGACGGGGAAAGCAAUGGGAUGCCUGAGGCGGCCGCUCAUGUCUUUGUCCCCAUCGAUCCCUGUUGCAUCCAACGCACCCCAACGGGGGAUGAAAAGAGGAGGAAACAGGAAUACGAAGAGGAAAUUGUGCGCUGCGAAAAGGAGAAAGGGGACUCCGAGAAGCAGAAUUUCAUCGCUCGUGGGUAUUCUGCACACCUCGAUGACUUGCCCAGCUGUGAGGGAGAGCGAGCCAACACGUGUUCUGAGAGACUGCGGUGCCUGCAGUGCCGCAACUGUAGCCCUAUCAACCUUAAGGCUGUGGCCUCCAUGGUUGGAGCCACAAUCAUUUUCCCUUGCCUGAUUUAUGGCGCAUAUGUCUUCCUGCCCUUUGACGCACCUCUGAUGCCUACCAUGAGUGCCCGUUUGGUUUACACACUUCGCUGUGGGGUGUUUGCCACUUUCCCAAUCAUUAUAGGCAUGGUUGUGUAUGGGGUGUCCCGCCUCUGCUUCUCCUCCCUACAGCCCUUUGGGGAGCUGCGGCGGGAAGUGGAGAUCCACCGGCACUACGUGUCCCAAUCGGUCAACCUCUUCAUCCUGUAUUUCUUCAACAUCGCCGUUCUCUCCACUUACCUGCCUCAGGAAGGCCUCAAGCUUAUUCCUCUCCUGACGGCCCUCUUUGCCAUUUCACGGCUUCUCUACUGGCUAGCUUACGCCAUGGGCCGCUCUUUCCGGGGCUUCGGCUUUGGCUUGACGUUCCUGCCCCUUGUCGCCAUGCUGCUGUUCAACCUCUACAGCAUGUUUCUCUUGGAUCCAGAGAAUAUGUUCGCCAUAGGAGACAACAGCGCAGAGACGUCAUUGGAGAAGGAGACGCGGCUGGCAGGCUCCAAGCCUAGAUACUGGGGGUGA